CCCGCCAAUAAACCAAAAGAAGAAGAAGAUUGCCUUUUGAAAUGAAAACAAACCUCACUGGUCUUUUGGCUGUGUUAUUAACCAUAUAAUUGAUAUAUAAUGCUGCGUGUAUUUUAAAAUCAACGAGACUCGCCAUUGUGAUAGAGUCGUGAAUGAGCAACGAUGAGGCGGAAAGCUAAAAGCUGAAUUCAUCAAACCUGGGCUGGUCGUUACAGCUGGGGACAUGCCGGGACAUGCUUGGCCUUUUUAAUGUGAGACAAAGUGUACCAUCAUGGAUGACUCGGACCAGGAUUUUGUAGAUCUCUGCUCAAAGCUGCUAAAACGAGUCCGCAAGAAACCAAGUGAGUCCAGACAGGCGCGGAAAGCAGAGCAUCAGCCCUCCAGUCAGGCAAGCGAUGGAGACCGAAGAAAAAACAAAAGAGCUGCAGACUCUGGGUCUGCGUGUGCUGGGACCCAGCCUGGUUCUACUGGUGCAGAUGAGCAUGUGGUCUGUGGAGGGACUGGACAUGAGUCAGGAGAUGCCGAGUCGUCCGCUGUGCCAGCAGCAGCAGCACCAGGACCGAGUGCUGAGAGACGUUUGGCGGCGAAAGACAAAGUACUGCACAGAAUGCAACAGUUCAAGAGAGCCAGUCCACAGAGGAUGGUGCACAAGGACAAGAGCAGGCCAACAAAUCAUGAGGACGACUGUGUCCCCCCUCUACCUCUGACACAUAGACAAGAGUCUUUCAGCCCAGAUCUCCGCCCUGAAUCCCUGGACAGCGAUGAAGCUCUGGCCCUGCGGCUGCAGCAGGAGCUGGACAGGGAGGCAGCAGAGGCCCAGACGGUGGACCUAGAGGACGGAGGCCUCUUCUUCUGUCAGAUCUGCCACAGAGACCUGUCACAUAUGACACCUGAGGGGCGAACACAGCAUCUCAACAGGUGUUUGGAUGAGAGCGAAGAGAGUGCCCCAGCCCCCCCUCCUCCGCCUCCCGGUGUGCCUGACUGUCCCAUCUGUGGCAAGAAGUUCAAGUCCCAGAAGAGUCGCUUGGCCCACCUGAAGCGCUGUUCCGCAGACAUGGGUGUCGCUCCGGUUGUGCUGCUGCAGGCUCUGCAGAGACAGACUGAGGAGACCCCCAACGUCCCCGCCGCUAACACACUCACACAGACUGGUGGAACUAAAAGAAAAUGCCCACCCAAGCCAGGCCUACCAGUGAGGAAGAAGCCCAGGAACAAGACUGCACUCCUGGACGAAGACACCAUGGUGGCCUUGGCUCUGUCCUCCUCCCUGCUGGAACAGGAGCAGCAGAGCGAGAGGGAGCCGGAGAGGCACUCCAAAACAAAGACGGCUGCCUCUCACAUCUCCAUGAAUCCAGCGUUGAAGUGGAGGCCAGACACGGGUAAGGGGCGCGGAAAGAGGAAGAAGGGCGCCAUCCCUCGCCCUCCUCCGCUCCUCCUCGUUCAGGAUGCCGAGGUGGCUCUGGCGAGGCUGCAGGAACGCGUUUCUGCCCUCCUCCUACGCAGUCGGCCCCCCUCUCCCCCCACCCCGACCCGCUGCCCCAGCAGUCUGCCCGGCUGGAGCGGUGUUGCCCCCCUCUGGCAAAAAAGCACACUACAGGGCCGAGCCUCCACCCGUCUGUCUGAUUUCUACACUCCAGAGCUCAGUGAGUUCAUCACGCCUUGGGAAUCAGCAACGACCGAUGCAGCCACCUCCAGCACCGUCAACAAGCCUGCGUCUUCUGUCCAACCUGUGAGCGAAGGAACUCCUGUCCCAGGGACCAGGGCCUCCACACUGCCCUCCUCCUCUCAGAAGGCUCCCUCCACGCCGGGGACUGGGCAGCUCCUGAUGGACCUGAUGGAGCUGGCUGAAGACGGUGUGACCCUCACCCAGUAUGGUCACACUGCUUCGGGCCCUGACAAAGACAAGCCAAGUCAGACCACUAACGUUCGUCUGAGCGGGUUCGUGGUGGCACUAUCCAGACUGGCAUCAGAGCUGAGCAGCAUGGUGAACAACGCUCAGCUCAGUGACCUGCAGCUCCAGGUGGACAGUGGAGAGAUCUACUUUGCUCAUUCCUUCAUGGUGUAUGCCCGAUGCCCCCUGCUGGCAGAAAUGGUUCAUGAAAGUGGUUUUGGGGUGCAGGAGGCAGGCGUGCCUGCAGCCCAGAGGGUGCUGAUGAAUGACGUCCCAGGACAGGCGGUGUUUGCUUUCCUGCAGUAUCUCUACACAUCCCGCUGCUCCAUCCCCGCAUCGCUUCGGCCCCACGUACUGGAGCUCGCAUCCAGGUUUGACUUGCAGGAGCUACAGCGGCUUUGCGAGCUCCGCCGGGACGAUGCAGCGACUCGGGGAGACGAGGAAGAUUCCGUGAACCGGGAGGAGAACGUGAACAACCAAACGCAGCAGGCCCUCACGGAGCUGCUCCGCUCCAUGUGGGACGAAGAGGACGAAGACGACGAGGGCGUGACGGGGAGAUCCGUGAGGAGAAAGUGA